AUGUCGCCCGAAGCUCUUGCUGAAAUGCUCAAUGCGCCGGCUCUUCCUGCGCCAGAGGGUAUUACCCCGAACUUCGACAAUCCUUCCAAUGCCAAUGGGCUGGCUUGGUUUGUGACCACUUUUUGCAUGGUCGUAGCGACUAUGUGUCUCCUCCUCCGCCUGUACGUGCGUGUCAUCCUGGAGAAGAAGUUCCGUGCGGAAGAGAGUAAGUUGACCUCCACCCUCAAUAUCUUAUAA